UUUUAGGCGCGGCCGCGAGGUUUUACAAUCAACUGACCCCGAGAUUCCUAUGCCCCCAAAUACCCUCUUCCGUCUUCCUUCUCCGGUCACCACCAUUUUCUUCUCCCAUUUCUACUUUACUCCUCCAUUCUCCUCCUGUACUUCCUCUCUUUUUGAAGAUAACAUUCGAACUCUUCCCAUCAUUGCUACUCAAAAACCAAUCUCCCAACAACAUCAAUGGAGUCAAAUCAUCAAUACGGACAUCCAAAAAAGAGAGCUUUUGUUUACUCUCUUGCAAUCUUGUUCUCUUUAUACCCAUUUUCUUCAACUGCAUACUCAAUUCAUUCGUAAUCAUUUCAUUCAUCAUCCUCGUCUUUCUCUCAAGUUCCUUUCUCGAUCAGUAAAGAUUUGUCCCAACAAUGUUUUAUAUAUCUAUCGCAUUUUUUCUCAGAUUUCAAUGCGCAAUCUUUCCCAUUUUAAUACCAUGCUCAGGGCGUUCUCUUGUAGUAGUUUUCCCCUUGAUGGGUUUAAAUUUUAUCGGAUGCUGAUUCAAAAGGGUGUUUUUCCAGAUUAUCUAACUAUGUCAUUUUGUAUUGUUUGCUGUACUAAGAGUUUUGCUUUUGUAGAAGGUAUGCAGAUUCAUGGGAGUAUUGUGAUUAAUGGGUAUGGAAGAGAUUGUGUUAUGAUCACGUCUUUGAUGGAGUUGUAUUCGGAAAAUGGGAGAUGUGAUGACGCAUGUAAGCUGUUCGAUGAAAUGCGUCACAGAGAUUGUGCUUCUUAUAAUGCUUUGAUUUCUUGCUUUCUAAAUAAUAAGCGGACUAGAGAUACGUUAUCUGUGUUUGAAUCCAUGAAGAAUCUUGGAAGAGAUUGUAGGCCCAAUGAUGUUACAUGCUUGUUGUUGCUUCAGGCUUGUGGUAAUUUAGGGGCUCUAGAGUUUGGUCGGAGUGUAGGAAUUUACAUUCAGAAACAUGGGUAUGGUGAAUUAAAGAAGUUGAACAAUGCUCUUAUUACUAUGUAUUCGAAAUGUGGGAGUGUUGAUGAAGCGUAUGGAAUUUUUGAGAGAAUGCCUGUGAAAGACUUGGUGUCUUGGAGUUCCAUGAUAUCCGGUCUUGGGAUGAAUGGUUAUGGGAGAUAUGCUUUUGAAAUGUUCUGGGAGAUGCAAAGGAUGGGCAUUUCGCCUGAUGAGAAGGUUAUUACCGCGGUUUUGUAUGCCUGCAGUUAUAAUGGGUUGCUUCAUGAGGGUUUGCUGUUAUUCGAGAAGAUGACUCUCGAGUUUGGUAUACUUCCGAAUAUCCAUCAUUAUGGGUGUGUAGUUGAUAUAUUGGGCCGUCUUGGGUCACUUGAUCAAGCAUAUGAUUUGAUGAAUUCCAUGGAAUCUAAGCCAGAUGUAAAAAUUUGGAGGACUUUGCUCAUGGCUUGCAGAGUACAUAAGAAUUUUAGUCUUGCAGAGCAGGUUAUUGAGCAUAUAGUGGAACAUAAGGGCAAAGAGACAGAGGAUUAUGUUCUGUUGUUGAAUACGUAUUCUUCAUAUGGCCAAUGGAAUAAAGUGCGAGAACUUAAGGAAUACAUGAACGAAAAAGGAAUUCACAUACCAUGUGGUUGUAGUACAAUCGAACUGAAAGGAACGGUGCAUGAAUUUGUCGUUAAUGAUGUCUCGCAUACACGCAAGGAUGAGAUAUAUGAAAUGCUUAGUGAAAUAUUGCAACAACUGAAGAUUGCUGGCUACAUACCAGAAGCACCAUCUGAAUUACACUAUUUGAAUGUGAUCGAAAAAGAAUCUUGGGUUUCAAAUCACAGUGAGAAACUUGCCAUUGCGUUUGGGUUCCUCUGCACUCCGCCUGGCACAACCGUUAGAGUAGCCAGUAAUGUUCCUAUUUGUAGUGAUUGCCAUAACUUUUGUAAGCUUCUUUCUGCUGUUUAUAAUCGGAAAGUGAUAAUUCGUGAUGGAAGUAGAAUCCAUGUUUUUAGAGAAGGGAAAUGCUCCUGUGAUGAUUGCUGGUAGUUGUUUGGAGGAUAGUUUUCUACCAUAUGGGGCAAAUUGAGUAGAACAAAGGAAUAUACUUCUAAUUCAAGAGUUUUGUGUAGUCUCAUCAUCAUCAACAACCCAUUAUCCCGCUCGAAAACAGUGGCUGGGUGAGGGAAGGUGACGGACAAUCCAUACCCGUACUCCCUUAUGAGGGAGUGCCAGAGGAAAGCGGCCAAUCACAAAUGGAUCAUUCGGAUUGGUUUUGGGUUAGGCCAACUUUUGAUGGGGUGAUUUUCAGGAGAUAAGUCAUUUGAUUGGUUCUAGGUUGGCUAAUGCCAUGCCAUUUUGGGCUAUUUUCAACGAGCUUAUAUGAUACAUCAGUAGUUCUCCGUCACAUUCACUUUUCGACCAGGUCUGGUCGGAUCAAUUUUGAUCAGGUUCUAUCAGUUCUACCAGGUUUUGAUGCUAGCUGUACAUUAAUGAAUAGACUAUAGAAUAACUUUGUGAUUUACAUCGAGAAUCAUUACAGCCUAGACGAUGUUUGGAACACACAA